GUUCUUUUGCAAUAGACACCAGCAGCAGCAGCUCCAUUUCUAUAAGCUCGCGCGCCGCCGCCAAGGAAGAAUCAACUUUCUCAGCUUCAAAACCCACAUCAGAAUCGGAACAAGAGCUGCAUUCCAUUGAUUCUUCUUUGAUUCGGCCUCUGAGAGCACAAUCAAUAACACUUAUUAGCAGCAGCAGCAGCAACGGGAUUCUGGAUUCAUUAGUUUCUGAUACCACCUCUUUCUCUUUUUGCUCUUGAAAUUUCUGCUGCAAAUCUCUCCUGCUGAACAUUUUUUUAACAAGAAUGGCGGCUGAACUGCAAGUUUUUGGAGUUAAACCUUUUCACCUUUCUCCUGAGAGGAAAUCUGUGAACUAUCAGAAACUUCUCAAGGCGGCGGCGCGUGAGCGGCUCUGUAAUCCUAAGUCGGCGCCCUCUCUCUGCACAACCUACGAGCGUUCCAAUAAGAAGAGAGUUUCCGGAGUCACUUGUUAUCAAAAGAGUAAUCUUGAUGGCCAUGAAAUGAGUAAACCUGCAAUUCAGAAUCUUGAUGGGGUUCCAAAUGAGUUGACAUGCGUAAUGAAAUUCGGUGGUUCCUCAGUUGCUUCGGCCGAAAGGAUGAGAGAAAUUGCCGAUCUUAUUCUCAGCUUCCCUCAAGAAAGACCUGUUGUUGUUCUGUCUGCAAUGGGCAAGACCACCAACAAGCUCUUACUGGCUGGGGAGAAAUCAGUCACUUGUGGCAUUUCCAAUGUUUCCUAUCUUGAUGAAUUGGCGUUUGUUAAAGAUCUGCAUUUUAGAACAAUGGAUGAGCUCGGAAUUGACAUUUCUACAGUUUCAACACUCCUUGAGGAACUGGAGCAGUUAUUGAAGGGAAUUGCUCAAGUGAAAGAGUUGACUCUUCGUACCAAAGACUAUCUAGUCUCGUUUGGCGAAUGCAUGUCAACAAGAAUCUUUUCUGCAUAUUUAAACAAAAUUGGCAUCAAAGCUCGCCAAUAUGAUGCUUUUGAAAUUGGUUUCAUAACAACUGAUGACUUCGCCAAUGCUGACAUUUUGGAGGCAACUUAUCCUGCUGUUGCAAAGAGGUUACAUGGUGAUUGGACUGCUAAUCCUGCAUUACCUAUCGUAACUGGUUUUCUUGGAAAGGGAUGGAAAUCUGGUGCCGUUACUACAUUGGGAAGGGGUGGUAGUGAUCUGACUGCCACAACCAUUGGUAAAGCCUUGGGUUUGCGUGAGAUUCAGGUGUGGAAGGAUGUUGACGGCGUCUUAACAUGUGAUCCUAACAUAUACUCAUCCUCGCAACCUGUCCCAUACCUUACAUUUGACGAGGCAGCAGAACUUGCCUAUUUUGGUGCACAGGUCCUGCAUCCACAAUCCAUGAGACCGGCAAGAGAAGGUGAUAUCCCUGUGAGAGUUAAAAAUUCUUAUAACCCAAAGGCUCCAGGAACACUUAUCACCAAGAAAAGAGAUAUGAGCAAGGCAGUACUAACCAGCAUUGUGUUGAAACGGAAUGUUACCAUGUUGGAUAUUGCAAGUACUCGCAUGCUCGGCCAGUAUGGUUUUCUUGCCAAGGUGUUCUCCAUCUUUGAGGAUUUGGGUAUAUCUGUUGAUGUUGUAGCGACUAGCGAAGUCAGUAUUUCGUUGACCUUGGAUCCAUCAAAACUCUGGAGCAGAGAAUUGAUACAACAGGCAAGAGAACUUGAUCAUGUUGUGGAGGAACUUGAAAAAAUUGCAGUUGUAAAUCUUCUUCAACACCGAUCAAUCAUAUCUCUUAUAGGCAAUGUCCAAAGAUCUUCAUUGAUACUGGAGAAGGCUUUCCGUGUUCUCCGAACCAAUGGAGUCAAUGUUCAGAUGAUCUCUCAAGGAGCAUCUAAGGUAAACAUUUCGAUGAUAGUAAAUGACAGUGAAGCAGAACAAUGUGUAAGAGCUCUUCACUUGGCCUUCUUCGAGAAUGACCAGCCGGAGCUGGUUUUACAAUGUGAAUCUCUCGAGAAUGGCUCCACCCUAGUGUCAUCAAAUGGCCGUUGAUUUGUUUUGCCCCCUCUAAGACUGCCACCUUUUUUGUGUAACAAUAGAUUGUUUCCUUUUUGAAACUUAGAUUGAUUUCUACUCUUUAUUAGAUCAUGUUUGAUUGGAUGGUAAUUGGAGGACAUUGGUGCCUCUACUUUCCUUAUUUGGAAUCAAUCUAUGAGCCUGUUUUAAACUGA